UAUUGAUUUUAACUAAAUGCGAAUACGUCUGGCAAUGCGCUCAUAUAGAAUCGCACGACUAACGGCAGAUGCGUGUUGUUUUCUGUUCUCUCGGAAAACGCAACGCGUUUCUGCACUCUCGGCUAGCGCUGUGUUCAGAUUUUCCUCUUUCAGUCUCUCAACUGCUUUUUGCUAUUGCUUUUACAUGUUGCUGCUACGUCCUCUCUCGCGCACUGAGUUCUGCGCUCCGUCCGCGUGCUCUCUGGUGUUUGCCUUGCUGGGUCGAUACGGCAACGUUGCCAUUCGUGCAGUAUGAUGGUCGAUAGACGGCAUAAGUGCUCAAAUGAAGGGCUGCUUCUCUGAAAUAUUAUCCUGUUCUGGAGAGAUGUCAAUGCCUUCACGACACUCACUCUCUGCUCUACGGAUCACAGCCAACAACAGCAGUUCGGCGUGGAAACGACAACACCACUUCUUGCGUACAGAGAGAAGGGUGAAACUAGAGUGUGUGAAAGCAAAACAACCCGUUGUUUGUGCUUAUAGUGUUGUGCCGGGGCCAGCACUGAGAGGGAGGCACCAGAAUCAACGUUUGAAAACGUAUACCGUGGCAGUGAAAACAACAACUAUUACUCAUGUGCGGAGAAGGACUCAAUUCAAGAAGUUGCGCUGCUAUGAGAAGGCAACCGCCGAGGAAGCGAAUCAAAGAGAAAAACGUUUUAAAGUAGACGUAUUGAAGAAGCGGAAUUGAUGCACCGCUUUGGAACAACCGAGCAUAGAACCGAUGUGAAAUAUUGCAAAAACGCAAAAUAUUGAUAACCGAUAAAGAAGCCCAACGCUUCUAAUAUCUCUCUCGGUAUAACAAGCUGUAGUCUCUUUACUGCACGGCACCCUCUUAAUUGUUGAGUGGUCCGUAGAAAACACAGCUUAGGGAGCAUCGCUUGUUAGCUAUUGGCUAUUGCAUAUUUCUGUCGAGUUCGGCUCCUCCUCUCUGGUACGGAGCUACUAUUGUGACGGAUGCAAAUUGAAAGUUCAGUGAAGCAAGUGUUGUUUGUGUAGUGUAGCAGUAGAGUUCAGUUACGGGGCAGUAACUGAAUUGUGCGACGCUCCAAAAGUGGCCUAGUACUUUGAAAUCCAGCACACAUUAAUCGAACGGAGCAAGGCUGAAGCAUCAGGAUCAGCGACAGCGUUGAUUGAGACACGGCGAAGAACGAAGAAAAGCGAACAGUCAUCGGUGUGUAAGUGUGCCUGUGUGCGUUUUAGUUAUCGUUCUACUAAAAAAGUCCGACAACCGGAAGUGGCACCGACGCAGGAUUGUGUGCGUGCCGCGAACGUGCGUGUACGCGUGUGUCGAUUAGAAGCAGAGGAAGAUGUCGGAGCACCAUCGGGCUGCUUGGGGUUCGCGUGAGGACGCCGUCUGGUGGCCGAGUGGUAUCUCGUCAACGGAACAACAAACAUUGCAGCACCAUCAGCAUCUCAUCAAUCAACACCACCAGCAACAGCUCGCUCAACAGCAGGCCCAACUGCAGCACCAGGUUGCUGUGCAGCAGCAGCAGCAACAACAACAGCAGCAGCAACAACAGCAACAGCAGCAACAAAACGAUAGCGCUCGAAACAACAGCACAACAUCCACAUCCGCAACGCAGCAGCUGUUUUCGUAUAAAAUGGCCAACAGUUUCCAGAACCCGGUCACCACCGGUGUGACGGUGUCAACUUCGAACGCUCCGUAUGACUAUCGGCUGGGUAUGAGCACGGUGGUUGCACGACCCGGUGACCCACCUACGAUGUCCAGCACAGCUCCCACCACCCAGUGGUGGUACCCGGGUGGCCAGAACGCACUCGAUAACUCAUUGCAGCAACAGCAACAGCAGCAACAACAGCAACAACAGCAACAACAGCAACCACAACAUCAGAAUCAAAGCCACGUGCAGCAGAACAAUACCAUUCAGAACAAAAUGGUGGCCGGUAACGUAGCUGGUGGUAAGGUGAAGGACAAUAAGCCAAGAGGGCGCAUGACGGCGUACGCAUUUUUCGUACAGACCUGCCGAGAAGAGCAUAAGAAGAAGCAUCCCGAGGAACAAGUUAUAUUUGCUGAAUUUUCGCGAAAAUGCGCAGAACGAUGGAAGACAAUGCUAGACAAGGAGAAGCAACGUUUUCACGAAAUGGCCGAAAAAGACAAGCAACGUUAUGAGCUGGAGAUGCAAAACUACGUGCCACCGAAAGGCGCAGUUGUUGGACGUGGAAAGAAACGGAAGCAGUUCAAGGAUCCGAACGCACCGAAGCGAUCGCUGUCGGCAUUUUUCUGGUUCUGUCACGAUGAGCGAAACAAAGUUAAAGCCCUCAAUCCGGAAUACGGCGUUGGUGACAUCGCUAAGGAGCUGGGUCGAAAGUGGUCAGAUAUGGACGCUGAAAUCAAGCAGAAAUAUGAACAAAUGGCAGAGAAAGAUAAACAGCGAUAUGAACAAGAAAUGACAGAAUACAAGUUAAAGUGUAAAAAUGAACAGGGCGGAGGAACACCAGGACUGAACUUGCCGCAGCAAUUGCAACAGGCCGGUCUUCAGCACCUUCCUCCACAUGUGCAACAAGUAGCGGCGGCCCAGCUGCAGGCUCAUGUCGUUCAGGCGCAUCAUGCAGCUGCUGCUGCCGCAGCAGCCGCCGUGCAGCAGCAGCACGACGACGACGACGACGAAGAAGAUGGUGAAGAGGAUGAUAACGAAUAAAUUUAUAUUUUUUUUAUUGUAAAAAUAUUUUAAAAAUGAUGAUAUUAAAUCACGAACUCCAUUAUAUUUCUUCAACAUCAAGAAAAAUGCGAGAACGUAAUCAACACAACAAAAUAAUUCUGCAACAAAGAAGAGUAGAGAGAACUAGAGGUGGAUUAACUAACAAUAUACAAUAUAAGAUAAGACACUACUAUAAUAAGCAUAUUAUAGUGCGUCGAACAUGAACAACAGCAUCGUCAAACCUCCCCCUCCACCACCCCACCUCUCCAUGCUAGUAAUAAUAGACACAGAGAGAUAGAAAACGACAAAGAGGCAAAAGGCAACAGAAAAACAGUGAAGGAGACAGUAUGAAAAAUACAAAAUACUGUCGCUCUAAAUGCGAUAGUAGCUCAUAGGUAAGAAUCUGAAAAAGUGCGCUAUAGUGAUAGGCAAGGAUCACCGAGGACAGAAAGCAUUGUACUACUAAUAGGCUUUUGUUUUUAGGUUUACUGCAGUCCAUAAAAAUCAAGUGUUAUUUCUAAUGAGCGUGAAGUUGAACAUGGCACGAGCUAGUGCAGAGGCUCUGCGGACGGAACCGAUCGAUAUAGAACCGAUUGAACUAUAAAUUCGACAAACAAAAUAGCAUGUGAGAUGUUCGAUGAGCAAAACGAGCAUAAUAGAGCCUUUCUCGGAGAAUAUGUGAACAAUCGCCAAACUCAAUACUCCCCCUCCCCCCUUCUCUGUUUUUCCUGCCGCAAAAUUGUAGGAAAGGGGAUAUGAUGUGUGUACAUGCAUUCCCUCGCCUCCUUAGUGCACACUAUAAUUGUACAUUUCGGGCUAUUUGGGAACUGUCUUCAUCUUUUACCAAUUUUUAUAUUUUAAUUACCUAUCAUAUUACGUUAAAGGUAUGUGCAAAAGUGAAAUAUACUUGAAAAUUAUACUUUUUUUUAUCUUAGAAGAACGGACCAGGCCGUAUUUAUGAAAAAAAUUAUACUUGUUUUUGACAAAACCGUAGCACCAAACGCACCUCCUAGUAUUUUUGUUAGUAACUGAACCGCAUCCGCGUACCAGACCAGCACCGCUCGACGGUUGUAGUAGCCGUAAAAGAAGAACUCAUUCGCAGUACCCUCCACUCCCAAAUACGGAAACAUAUUAUGCUAGCUUUGGCGCUGUAUUCGUAGAAACGAUGUCAUUCGUGUACAUACAGACACUUUUUUUCUCAUAUUAUUUUUAUGAAUUGAACGGUUUAUAAAUAUGGUGUGAGCUGUAGGUAUGUUACAUUGAGUUAACCGCAAUGACCGAAUAUUAAUUUAAUUUUAAACCGGCAGAAAUUACAAUUAUUAUUUAGGCAACAACCGCUGAGCGGUCUUAGUUUGCACCAGAGACAAUGUUAAUCUCUGAUGCUCUCUGUAACCCGGUGUCCACAGUAUGAGAAACUUGGAAAAAAUGUAUGGCAAGCCAAGAAACUAUUAAUAUUUUGCUAGAGUUCCGUGAGUUACUUUGAGUUGCUUUUGAGCGCCUUAUGUUUACGGGAUAUUUUCCCGUUUCGGGGGUAUUUUUUUUCAAUUUGACAGUUUACGGCAAAUUUUUUUUGCUUUCCAAAAAUAUGGCUAGUUUUUCGACAGCGGAUCAAAUUUUGACAAAAAUGGCACUAGAAGGAGAAGAAAAGGAAACUGAAAAAUCAAAGCAUAAACAAAUGAACUGUCAUUUCACUCACUGGAGCUCACGGAACUUUUCGCCCAAAAGCUACUAGUGUGGACGCUAGCAUAUCAAAAAGCCUGUAGAGAAAACUCAUACUGUGGACGAGGCGUAACAGAUCGGUUUUACGGGCGGGGUUGUUGGUCCCGCGCCAAACCCCCUGUCACACCGGUGUCGGGAAUCGAUACCAUGAUCGGCUGCGUGACAACCAGUCCCGGGAUUCGAAUCCAGGUCAGCUGCUUGACAGUGACGAGCGUUACCGAUUGCUCUAUCAGCGGGGAAAAAUUACAAUCUUUUGUAAAAAACUUGUUGUUUUCGUGUACCAACAGUGCUUUGGUGUUCACUUACGUAUAAACGAUACAUGGCUAAGCAAAACUCCCUUUAACACAUUUUGACAUCCAUUGGAUUUCUUGAUUAGGAUUUUUUUGAAGACUACGAUUAAUUUCAGUAGAAUUGAAUACAUUUGAACGAUACUAAAUACAGAGCUAAUAAAGGAUGAGCGAGAAAGAUUGUGGAUACGGAGUAAUGGUAAAGGAGAAAAUCGUCAUGGGUACAGUUCUAGAAGAAUGAGAAAAUAAUGAUAAUGAAGAAAAUGAAGAUUGAAUUUCAACGGAAAAGCCAUAGAUAUGGAGAACUCGUUCUAACCAAACAAAUCAUGCUGUAAAGAAAAUAUUAAUAACAUUAAGUAACACAUGUUUAAAUGAACGGAAGAAAAAAGUAUUUUUUAAAGAAAAAUGUAUGUCACAUAACGCACACACAUUCUCAACGAGUAUGUUGUCGUGGACUAAAGCGGUUGUGAUCGGCAAACAACCGCACACAAAAACACACACAUGCAUGAUGAUGGGUAUUUCUGCUAAGUUGGUUCUAAUAGAAACGGUCCAAAUUGGUGCGAUUGUGUUAAAAGAUUUGCUAGUGGUGGAUGUGGAGAUGUGAUUUUGGCAGCGUUUCCGGCGGCAAUGACGGUGUGUAUUUCUCUGUACAUGUAUGUAUGUGGGUGAGUGUGAACAUGUGUAUGUGCAUUUGAUUUGUCGACCGUCCUGCGACUUGAGGGUGGUGUUUAUGGCUAAUGUAACGCAUCCUGUUGUACGUGUUUUUGUUGUUGGAAAUAUUUUUUGUCAGUUGAAAAAGGCAGAGAUAAUAACAGCGGGAGUCGAUUGAUAUUCUUCCCCUGCAAUAAAAAAACUAUAGAAGCAACCGUCUAUGGCCACUUUGCAGUUAAUAUUGCUAACAGACACAAAGAAACAGUGCUAGAAAGAUGAAGUAAAACGAGGUAAAUGAGGGAGGGGCAAAUCAGUUAAUGGAGAAAGCGACAAAAAUUAAUUAAAGUAAAAUUUUAUAGAUCAAAAGUAAGAGAUAACAUGAUUAAUGAAAAAAAUAAUCGCGUAAUAAAAGAAUGAAAUAGAGAAACAUAGUAAUGCAUAAAGCAACAGAGAAUCGAACGUGGUUGAGAAAGUAGCUAAAUGGCAAAGUAAAGCAAGAUGCAAAAAGAAUAAAUUUCUUGUUCUUUUUCUUCUUCUUUCUUGGGCACUUCACUGCUAAACAAUCUUGGCCGUCUCCUAGAAAUCUGAAGAUUUUAUUGAUACUUUUGAUCUGCAAUGGGACUGAUACUGCGAAAAUCGAACGUUUAGCAACUGGAAAACAAAAUUCGUCUGCUCACUUUGGUUAGAAGGAGCAUAACAAAACAACAAAACUGCGUUUUUCGCGAUACGUUUCGCGGCAUUCUUAUAGCGGAGACGGAGCAAUACAAGUUCGUAAUGUGUCGUAAUUGUCUUAGAAGAUAAAAAGGCAGGCCGUAGACGAUUGUAAACGGGGGAGGAGCAGGAGGAGAGAACUAUUAGUCUGAAUUCAAUUUGACUAGUUGGAUUUACUUAACAUUUAUUUUCUCUACUGCUUUUUUUCAUUACCAUGUUUAAAAUCAUAUUCUUAUAGAAUUAGAAUAAGCGUUUUCUUUUAAAUUGUGUUUUGAAUUGUUUCGUAUUUUGUUCUCUUCAAACGGAACAAGACUAAACAAAUCAAGAGAAAAGAAAAUUUAAGCAAAACCCGCAACAAUGUCAAAUAAUGAGUAUGCAUACAAACAAAAACGAGAAAAAGCAAAUACAAAAUCAUCAUAAGCAUAAAAACACCGGACAUUAGAGAUUAGGCGAUAAUAGGAUGAAAGUACGAGCAUGCGAAACGAGCGAGGUAGGGAAGGCAACCAAGGAAGGCGAACGAUGGAAGUGUACUCUUUAAAAACAAAACAAAUGAGCGGAAUAAAUUACGCAACAGUAGAGUUUGAAAAUAUCAAGUCCUUUAAGCAUAUAUGUAUAUAUGCUUUAAGCAUGUAUAUUCAUACAUAUUGUUGUGUGUCGCGUGCCGAGCAUGUGUAUCGCACGGCGUGGCGUACUCAUGAUUGUUUCUAGUAUGGGUGCAUGUGUGUGUGUGUGUUAUUUGAUUGUUUGUGCAGAAUGAAUGAGAGAAUCUCAGUUUACAAGGAGACAUAGAUCGAGAAUAGUGUAUCUGCGUGUGCUUUGUGCUUGAUUUUGAAAGUAUGAUUCACGCAAAAUAAUUGAAUAUUAUUAUCUCAGCUCUAGUUGUUUUUUAUUUGAUUUUUAAGCUCCUCUUUGAAAUUGAGUAUUUUCAUGAUCCGAUUUUAUUUCCCUUUAUCUUUAGUAUAAAUCCACAGCCAUAUUGAUAUACUUCUGAGAAACACUUCUGGUUUUUCUGAAAAUUUUCAGUUUUAUGAUUUAUUCAUACAUAAUUAUGAUGAUGAACGAUUGGUUUUGUUUUAAAUGACAGUAAGGUUUAACGAAUGGAAGCAACAAGUUACAAAAUUUUGUGACGCAUCAUUUUAAGAUGUUCCGUUUCAUAAUAUGUACAGUUUGUUGCAGCAUUUCAGCCUAGAAUGUAUGUUGUAGCAUUUUAGCCUAGUAUGUUGUGUAGUUGGUUUGUCUUCUCGAAUAAUUUCUUUUUGAGAUACAUUUCAUGUGCUAGAUGUGUACAUAGUGAAUUUCCAGCAGGUAAAAUAAUUCAUUAUCUUAAUCAUACUGGUGACGAGGAGCGAGUUUAUAGGUUAUUGGUGCGGAAAAAAGGGCUGGCAGGGAAGAGAUUACACUCUUCUCAGUUUCUUUCUCUCAUGCAUAAAUUAUUCCAACGUUUCUCCAAGGUCCUAUCGAAACCUCCGAAAUCUUGUUCAAAUUGUUUCCAGAGACUCUGUAAGAUAACUGAGAGGAACAACAACACAAACAAUUGGCAUCAACAAAUCGCUUUGCAGCCGCACAAUGUCUGUGCUGCCGUUUUUCUUGCCUACAUUUAUCAUCUACUUCAUCUAGAGUUACAUUUACCCCAAGCUUAGGUACAGCAGUGCAGUGAUACAAAUCUUCCUAGCGAUAAUUGUAAUGAAAGCCAGCAAAACAUGCAACAUGCAAUAAACAGCCUAAAGCUGAAACACAACUUUUACCUAUUGAAACGUGUACUCUAAAAGUGUAGUUGGAAUGAUGUGUAAGGUGAAUGUUGGAGUUUGUUAUUAAAGAUAAACAAAGAAAAAACAGAACAUUAGCAAAAACCAAAAACCAACUACGUCAGAUUUGAAGAAGCUAUAGCAAGUUAAGAAAUAUUAGGGAAGGAAAGCAUGCAAAUAAAAUAAUAAA